AGAAAGUUCCUAAAUACAUAAAGACCAGCAGACUUUUGGGAGAAUUUUCACCAGCGCACAUCUGAAAACAUCAUGAUGACAAAAUUGCUGUGGAGCUGUGCAGCAGUGAUGACUCUGUUUGUAACAGUUGAAUCCCUCACCUGUGAAACAUGUGAUAUCGAGGUCGUUGGCUACUGCCUACGCACGGUUCCUGUAAAUUGUACAGAAUCUCAGACCGACUGCUACACCGCAGUUGCGAAGUUUUCCGGUGACCUGUUGCGCAUCCAUGAACGAGGCUGCAUAGAACAAGAAGCGUGCAAAAAUGAGACGGGCUCCAUAUUGUCUCUGAACUACACCAUCACCAGGACGUGCUGCAGCACCAACCUGUGCAAUGGAGCUGCCUCCAUCCAGGCCGGCUUGACUGCAGCUCUGUGUGCUGCCCUCGUGGCAGUUUGGAGCCAGUGGAUCCUUUAA